GCCGGUGACUGACUCAACCUUCACUUCCAGCCGGUUCCUCCCCGGUUCUCCCCCGGUUCUCCCCCGGUUCCUCCCCGGUUCUCGCCCGGUCCCGCCCCGGUGCCUCCGGCUCCAGACCCGCGGAGCGUCGUGUGUUUCCCGGAGUCAUGGACGUCACCAGCCGGCGUGUGACGGUGUAGCCAGGAGGAUUCGUCGACUGCCGUAGAACCAUGGAGCCAGAUGUGAUACGCAUGUACUCCUCCUCGCCGCCGCCGAUGGAGGACGGCGCAGAGGAAGAGGAAGAUGAGUUCGGGGACUUCGGAACCUUCUCUGCUGUCCCGAACAGCAUCAGCUUCACAGAGUUCGACACCCCCACCACCUUCAACCAGACCCAAGCCCUGGACGCCACCUCCCCGCCCGAGCUCAGCAACAGCAGAGGCGCCAAAGUGUUCGGCUCAUCAAACGCCACGACUGAGCGGCCCACAGCUAACGGCGUGCCAGCGAGCCACCCGGGCGCUUGUCCCUCAGAAAGAACUGAGACGAGGAAAGUCCCGUCCUGCUCCCCGGACGCCUCGGGGAGCAGGACAGUUGGUGGCGAGCUCGCCGACUGCAACGGAGAAGGCUCAGCGGUGCUAACGAACGGGUUUGGCGUUCAGGGAAGCCCCUCCUCCCAGAGUUCUGUCCUGUCUCAUGUAAGAGGAACGUCCACUGAGGACACAGGCAACGUCCUGGUCAGCAGCCCAGCAGACGAUUUUGCAGACUUUGCAGCUUUUUCCGAUGCUGAAGAAUUCAGUCAGACGACGAACAAGGACACGAACAGUCCCUCAGGGGUCAGCUGGGUGGGGGACAUGUCCUGCCACGCCCAGCACUGUGACACAGAGCAGGGGACACGUCCAGAGGACCAGCACUGUGACGCAGAGCAGGGGACACGUCCAGAGGACCAGCACUGUGACACAGAGCAGGGGACACGUCCAGAGGACCAGCACUGUGACACAGAGCAGGGGACACGUCCAGAGGACACUCUCAGGGACACAAACAGAACUGAACCCAACGUGUCCGGCCCUGAAUCCAGACCUGCUCCAGCGGAGGCCCUGGACCGGAGCUCCCACACAGACUCUGAUCAGGAGAGCUCCGCCUCCGAUGAUGAAGCCGUCUCUCUGAACACGGUGGACGUAGUUGUGGACGUAGUUGUUGACGGGGACGAAUCCGAAGACGCCGCGGGCUGCAACGGAAACGACCUCUCGCCUGAAGCCCCUGCAGACAGCGAGGAGGGACAGUCGGACGAGAAGGGCUCUUGGAAUGAGACGGAGACGGAGACGUCUUUCGGCCGGCCGCUGUCGACAGACGCUCUGGAAGACUACGCUGACAUCAGCACCACGGGCUCAGUGCCCUCCCCCCCCCUCCAGGGGGAGCCCUCCACGCCCGCUGACCACAGCCAGCUGGUGGAGGACGACGAGGACUUCGGGGACUUUGGGGACGCGGACUCGUUCGGCGCUCAGGGCUUUGCUGAUUUUGAAGAGUUGGACGUUGAGCAGGAGCAGAGCACGCCGCCCAGCUCGGCUCCAGCACAGGAAGUGACAAACACCAGUGAGGACAACGACUUCGGCGACUUCAACUCCCCCGGCGUCCUCGGCAGUGGGAACGAGCGGCAGGAUGAAGGACAGUUUGAAGACUUCCCUGUCAGUGACAGUUUCGGUAACUUCAGCUCGGCCGUUGAGAACGCCGACGGCGAGGUGGACGCGGGGUGGAGCGCCUUCGGGGAGCAGGAGCAGCCGGUGGAGGGGGAGGAGUCGUGGGCAGCGUUCAGCUCGGAGCAGAGCGUCGCCCUCCCUGCAGAGAGCAGAGAGGAGGAUGAGGUCAUGGAGGAGGAGUGGCAUGAGGGCGAUGCGGGCGGCGAGGAAACGAGCAGCACGGGCAGUCAGGCGGCGUCGCUGUCCACUCGUCUGCUGACGCUGUUUCAGAGCAGCUUCCCUCACAGCACCGGCGCCGCCCUGGUGGAGGAGGAGGUGGCUUCACUGAGGAUCCUGCUGGAGCCUCCGGAGGACAAACAGCCCGGGGACGAGGAGACGAGGUCGGCGUGCAACAGGUGGGUGCAGGGCGGCGUGUGGACGCAGCUUCAGGACAUCAACGAGGCGCUGGGCCUCAGGUACCAGUGGGGGGGCUCGCACGGGAACAAAGUCCUGCUCUGCUGCCUCGGCAUCGACACCAGAAACAUCCUGUUCACGGGUCAGAAGAAGCAGCCGGUCAUCGUGCCCAUGUACGCCGCCAGCCUGGGGAUGCUGGAGCCCACCAAAGAGCCCGUGAAGCCCGUCUCCGCAGCAGAGAUGAUCACGUCCAUCGCUCAGGCGUCUCCGCUGGCUCCAGAGAGGAGCUCCUGUCCCUCCGACGCCGUGCAGCAGGACGCGCUGCCACCCGUUCAGUUUGACUGGAGCAGCAGUGGCCUGACCAACCCUCUGGACGCGAGUGGAGGCUCAUCUUUAUUAAACCUGGAUUUCUUUGGUCCUGUGGAGGAUUCGGGCUCCGACAGCUCCACAUCCAUCCCAGGCGUGGACCCUGAACUUUACGAGCUGACGACGGCCAAGAUGGACGCCGGGAGCUCCGGCAGCCGCAUGGCCGACGCCUUCGCCCGCCUCAUGUCCACCAUGGAGAAGACCAGCACCUCCACCAGGAAGCCGAGGAGAGAUGAGAAUCUGAGCGAGGAAGCGGCGAAGGUCAUCUCCUUCCUGCCGGACCUCUCCUUCAUGACGGCCAAGGUGCUGAUGUUCCCCGCCACGCUGACGCCGCUCGACUCCCGGGCCGCGUCGGACUGACACCUGCUGACCCCGCCCCCUGACCACUGCCUCCGUGGCCCCGCCCACAGAUCUAGUCCAUUUUAACACUGUAGUUUUUUUUAAUUUUUUAAUUUUCUGCUACAGUUUUUUCUUUCAAACUUUCUUGUUUUUUUAAACUUUGGCGCUUUUGUUUUUCCAGUAGAGCGCAGCGGCUGUGACGAGCAGCCGGCGCCACGGGAACGUUCAGAGCGCAGCGGCUGUGACGAGCAGCCGGCGCCACCGGAACGUUCAGAGCGCAGCGGCUCACAUCCACCAACCUGUUGUAAAUAAUCAGGGAUCAAACCUUUAGUUUUUUAGAUUCUGAUUUUACGUCUGAAGGAAACAAAAGCUUUGAAUCAAACUGAAGUGGAAUAAAUAUAAAAACAUAAAUGUAUAUAUAUAUGAUCAGUGUAAAACCAUUUAUAAACAUAUGAAAUCUAUAUUUAUGG